GAGUAUCGUGGACCCUGCUGUUGGUAGCGCCGCUGAUCCGUCUUUCCCGAAGGAGGUCUCAACUGGACGCCGUUCGAGAUAUGCUGGCCGACACUCAGUGGAAAGUGCUCCUACUGGUCCUUUUCACGGCCCUGGGUAGCGAGGUCUUCUGCUGCAGGCCGUUUGAUGCCGUUCGAGGAAAGAGGCUUCUGCGGCUUAAAGGCAACUUUAUAAAGAUACAAAACCAGUGCAAGAAACAAAUUUUCACUGCAAUUAAGCUCGUUGCGCGGGACAAUAUUAAAACGCUAAUGGGCGCUUUCUGCGACGCACACAAUGCCUGUAUGGAGUCGACAGCAGAAGGAAAUGCGGUUGAGCUCAUAGACUGUUGGUCGUACGCAGUGAAGAACGAGACUGGCCCGUUCCGCGCUCUCGGCUCUCCCGAUAACCUGUACCAGGCCAUAGGUGCUACUUUCGCGUGCCUUCGGAACACCGAGCUCACGAAACUGUCAUUGCAAUCAAUUGACGACCUUACUUCAUUCGGGAUGGAGUACGCCCUCGCCAUUGGUUAGUUGGCCAAGCAACCUCGGAUGCCAGAGAAAUCCGUACACGUUUUUCAAUGAAAUAAAUGCGGGAC